AUGCUAUGGGUGGACAAGCACCGACCAGCCACGCUGGACAAAAUCACCGUUCACCGCGACACGGCUUUACAGUUGAAGCAGCUGGUGAGUAGCGCACAGCAGCGCCUAUUGCCCGCGUCUCUGCAGCACCCCUCCCCGCAUAGAGGAGAUGUUUCUCCCGCGCAUUCUCCCGCGCAUUCUCCCGCGCAUUCUCACGUGCAAGAACCGAUUCGGACUCAUUGUCCCACCAGCUUUCCCCUUUCGCCUCCUUCCACCCUCUUCCCGCUCCCAAGGCACACACCAAGUCGCAUGCUCCCAUCUGCUGCUGUUCGAACAGCAGGCCCUGCAUGCCUCUCCCUUCCAGGAUCAUCGGUCCACAAUACAUGUUCGUAUCCCCCCCGCUCCCCUCCCCUUUCCUCCUUCCCCCUCUCCCCCCUUUCAACCCCCUCUCCCCUCCUCAAUCCCCCUUUCCUGCAGGGUCGCUCGUCGAGCAACUGUGGAAACAGGCGACUGCCCGCAUCUGCUGCUGUUCGGCCCGUGCAAGCGGGUGACUGCCCACAUCUGCUGUUCUUCGGCCCGUCAGGCGCCGGCAAGAAGACGCUCGUGCUCGCACUGCUGCGCGAGAUGUUCGGCCCCGGGGCUGAUAAGGUGAAAGUAGAGAACAAGCCGUGGAAGAUUGAGGCAGGCACGCGGAAGCUAGAGGUGGAGCUGACGACAGUGGCGAGCAACCACCACGUGGAGCUCAGUCCCAGCGAUGCGGGCUUCCAGGACCGAUACGUGGUGCAGGAGAUCAUCAAGGACAUGGCUCGUAAUAGACCCAUCGGCUCCAAGGGCAACAGAAGCUUCAAAGGUGCAUGUAGUGGUGGCUAUCUGGCUGGUGCUUCACAAGGUGGACCAUCUGAGCAGGGAGGCACAGCAUUGUCUCUUUCCUCUUUCCUGCUCUCUCCACUCUCUCCCUUCCUCCCUCUCCCUCUCCAACCCCCAUUCACCCCCACCCACCCCAAGCAUGCGCUACGGCGCACCAUGGAGCGCUACACUGCUGCCUGCCGCAUCGUCAUGUGCUGCUCCUCCGCCUCGCAGGUCACGGAGGCUCUUCGCUCGCGAUGCCUCAACCUCCGCAUCGCUGCUCCCUCCCACGACCAGAUAGUGGACGUGCUACAGGAGGUGGCAGGCAAGGAGGGCGUGAGUCUACCACCGGUGCUGGCAGGGCGGAUGGCAGUGAGCAGCAACCGCAACCUGCGUAAGGCGCUGCUCUCCCUUGAAGCCGCCAAAGCCGCCCACUACCCGUUGAGUGACAGCCAGCCGGUGCAGCAGAACGACUGGGAGCUGUGUGUGGUUGAGAUCGCUGCUGACAUCAUCAGCGAACAGAGCCCCCGCCGCCUGUUUCAGAUCCGAGCCAAGUUCUACGACCUUCUCAUCAACUGCAUCCCACCGCACCUCAUCCUCAAGCGCCUGACAGUGGAGCUGAUGCACAAGAUGGACGCGGAGCUGAAGCACGACGUGUGCCACUGGGCCGCCUUCUAU